GCAGGAUAUUCCGACAGCUCUCCUCGCCAGUGGCGGGCCACGGGAGGCCCGCGGGCACUUGCGCGCCCGCGCUGGAGGCUGCCCUGCAGCUGCGGGUCGAGAGGCACCGCAUGCGGCUAGUGCCCGGCGAGGGCGACCGGCUCUGCGAGCUGUCGCACGCGGCUGCCGCGCCCUCGCUGGCGGCUCCAAUGGACUCUCCGGCGGCGAGCGGUGCCCCGCCUCGCGGCGCGCAGGCCGCUUCCCCAGGGCCGUCCGGCGGCGCCGGAGGCGCGGUCGACCCAGCCAGCGCGGCACGCGGGAGUCAACGGGCCGCUUCGAAGCUCGUGCCUCUGCCAGGCGCCCCGCAGCUCGCUUGCCCGCUGUACUCUUCGCACGGCAAGUUCGCCCAGCCCCGCAAUCUUGCGCGGCAAAGCUGGGCGAGCGAGGCGCUGCUACGCUGCGGGGGCUCGACGUGGGCAUCUGUUGCGGACGUCGGGGCAUUCGAUCGUUCAGGCCCCACUCCCGCACGCGCCAGCGGCCGUCCGCGAGCACCGCCAGGGCCAUGGCUCAAGGCCUCGAAGCGGCCCGACCGCGAGCUGGAGCUGGGGCGCACGAAGCUGCUGUUGCCCCCUCUGCCACAGGGAUUCCACCUCCGGGCAGAGCUCGCUAAGCGGCACGCAAUGCGGGCCGAUGGCGAGUGGGAGGCGCUGCUCGCGCGGGCCGAGCCGCCUCCCAGGUCUCUGCUCGGGGAGUGGGGCAUGCUGGAGGCGCACCGGAAGGGCGUCACAGCCCCGACGGGGUCGAUGGCCGAGCUCACUGCCGACGUGGAGGUGGCGCGGGCGCGCGGGCUCCUGCCUGGCAGCGAGGCCACGGCUGGCGGGCGCUUCAAGCCCGCCCGCUUGGCGGCAGCCCCGCGCACGCAGCACUCAGCCGUGUCGACGCCGCGGAGCGGCCUGGCCAGCGCCGGGCCCCUCGGCCACGAUGGCGCGGCGGAGUGGCCAGGCCAGUCGCCGCCGCCUGCAGCCUCAGGCAGCGGGCCCCGCGCGGGGCCGGGCUUGCAGCGCUCAGCGGAGCAGGCCGUCGCCGCGCUGGAGCAGCGCGGCCGCGCGGGGACGCUGCCGCCCUCCGCCCGCUGGCUGCUCGAUUGCCGAGCCUUCUUUCGGAUGCCCCCCGGCCGAUCCGAAUCGGUGAGCUCUGGAGGCGGGUUGUGGCUAGGAAGCUUGUCGCCGACCAGCGCGACGCUCUCCAGCGGCUGUUUCUUGCGCACCGGCAGCGCGGCGAGGGCCUGCCCGGCGGCGCUGAGGGGCGGGUUGGCCAUGCUGGACCUCGACCUUCGGAACGCGUUCCCGUCCUUGGAGCUGGCCGCAAUCUGUGCAGCUGUCGAAGAGCACGCUCCCGGACUCCUGGAGUGGACGCGCUGGUGCCACGGCUGGUCUGCCCAGGUGCUCCUGCCUCGUGGGCGCUGGGUCUCUUGUGACCGGGGCGCGGAGCAGGGCAACCCCCUCGGCGGGUGGGUGUGGGGCACUUGGUACAUGGGCCACGGCCAGGUUGUUCUCCCGCCUGGUUUCGCGGUCGUUCACUUGCGCGCCUUCGACGCAGAGCUCGCCGCGGCGGGCGGCACGCGCGUGGCGGACGGCCAGUUCAAGAGCGCUGCCCGGUUGCUUGGUCCAAUUGGGAUCGAGCUUGACGGCGCCACCCUCGCGGAGCAGUUCGACGCUGCCGCCUGGAGCACGGCCGCCGCGCGCGCUGAGCUUCAGCCGAUGCAAGACGCGCGCGCGGAGCUCGCCCUGUUGCAUGUUUCCGCCAACGCCAGCAGGGUCGCCCACCUGCCGUGCGCGGCCGGGCCCGACCUCGACCCCUCGCAGGCAGCUGCGUUCGACGGCGGGCAGCGCCUCGCCCUGGGAGCGAUAUUGGGGGGGCCGCUCUCCGACAGGGUGUGGGCGCAGGCGUCGGGGGCCGCGGAGGCCGGGGGUCUUGGGCCGCGGAACGCUGCGGACCUGCGCCUGCCCGCGUUCCUGGCCAGCAGGACAGAGGCGCGCAGCCUGGGCCAG